AUGUCGAAACAUCAAGGACUUCAUCCAAGGGUCACGUCCACCAACUCACCGUACGUUACGUACGCGUUCCUUACAUUACCUUUAGCAAAAUCACUUGUUGAAUCCCACGGGAUGCCAUCAAAUCACGCGCAGUUUAUGUUCUUCAUGCUGACAUAUUUUACCCUAUUUGUCUAUUUUCGUCUUUCUCCGCGUCACUACCCCUCGUACAUUCGUUAUUUCUUUGUGAUAUUUUUGGCGUCCGUGUCGAUAGUUACGUGUUUCACAAGGAUACAUCUCGAGUAUCAUUACUUCGGCCAAAUAUCUGUGGGUGCCCUUCUGGGCGCGAUUUUGGGUUCUACAUGGUUUUACAUAGUCCAUGUCUUAUUGACUCCACACUUCCCUUGGAUUGUCGAAAGUAAAAUUGGAAGAGCCCUUAUGCUUCAAGACUUCACUCAUAUCCCAAACGUGUUUACAUUCGAAUACAAUGCCGCGAGGUCACAUAGAACGAGGUAA